AUGUUCGUGGCUGCAGCCUUAAAAAUGUUCAACAAAAGCAAGCCCGAUGAGAAACAAAUCCUAGUAGCUAUCCCAUAUGAGCAUUAUCUCGGAUUUGACGAUGAAACGGACGGCUUGAUAAACGGCGAACAAAGCGAGCGCCAAAGAAAAGUGCGUUAUCCGGUCGGUCGGUCGAGAUCACAAAAUGGGAAUCGGCGGUUUUUCAGACGCCGAAGCUAUGCUAGGGUUGAGGAGCAGAACUUGCUCAUUUAG